CGCCCCUCGCGCGCCAUGUGGACGCUCCCCGCCGGCCUCCUCUUCCUGCUCCUCCUGCUCCUCCUGCUCCGCCGCCGCCGCCUCCCUCCGCACCUGCCGGCCGAGGGGAAGGCGGUGCUGAUCACAGGCUGCGACAAGGGCUUCGGCCAUGCCUUGGCCAGUCAUCUCCAUGCAAAAGGCUUCACCGUCUUUGCGGGCUGUUUGCUCCUGGACCAAGGAGGAGAUGGUGCCCAAGAACUGUGCCGCCUGGGCUCUGGGCGGAUGCACGUCCUCCAGCUGGAUGUGUGCUGCGAACAGCAGGUGGCCCGAGCCCUCCGAUACGUGGAGGCGCAGCUGGAGGACCCUGCCCAAGGUCUGUGGGGCUUGGUGAACAACGCUGGAAUUGCCUCCUUUGGAGACGUGGAAUUCACCAGCAUGGAGAAGUACCAGAGAGUGGCGGACGUCAACUUAUGGGGGACCCUGCGGGUGACAAAGGCUUUUCUGCCCCUGAUCCGCAGGGCCAGAGGGCGGAUUGUCAACAUGAGCAGCAUGCUGGGCCGGAUGGCCAGGCCGAUGCGCUCCUCCUACUGCAUCUCCAAGUUUGGACUGGAGGCCUUCAGCAACUGCCUGCGGCAGGAGAUGUACCGCUGGGGCGUCUCGGUGGUGGCCAUUGAGCCGAGCAACUUCAUCGCAGCCACAGGGAUCCUGACCCCCGAAGGCAUCGAGGCCGAGGCCGAGCGCAUGUGGCGUGGGGCCAGCGAGGCCAUCCGGGCAGAUUACGGAGAGGCCGACUUCCAGGAGAAGCUCUCUCGAAUGAAGGGCUUUGCGCACAGCGGCCUGCGGGACGUCUCCCCAGUCCUGGACGCCCUGACGGAAGCCCUUGCUGCGCGUCACCCCUGCAGCCGCUACAUGCCCAUGGAGGCCUCCUGGUGGCUCCGCCUGCAGGCCGCAACCCACCUGCCCACUGCCCUGGCCGACUGGCUUUUUGUCAGCUAGGCAGCCCCGGGUCAAGCGGAGAAGCCGUCGGCAGAAUCA